AUGAAGUCGCAUUACUUCCUUUCUCUUUUGCCCUGCCUUAGCAGCGGCGUCCAAGCUUUCCCGGCUUACAUGAACGGGCCCAUCUCAGAUGCCGUUGCUUCCAGGCUAUCCGACAAGUUGGCCGGCGCAUUCCACGAAGUUCACAAGAAGAGAUUAUUGUUCGACCCUUUGACAGCUCCGAUCGACGUUACUGGCGACCACGAGUUCAUUGCUCCCGAUUUCGAGAAUGGCGACCAACGAGGACCGUGUCCGGGUCUGAACGCCUUGGCGAACCACGGCUACAUCGCACGCAAUGGUGUUACGAGUUUGGUGGAGGUUACCGCGGGGAUCAACACAAUUUUCGGUAUGGGUAUCGAUAUCGCCUCCAUCUUGGCAGUGAUGGGCACUGUCUUUGUUGGAAACCCUCUGUCCCUGAACCCGGGCUUCUCCAUCGGAUACGAGUCUAGUGGUUCUCAAAACAUUCUGGGCAACGUUCUUGGACUUCUCGGCACGCCCAGAGGUCUCAACGGCUCUCACAACAUCAUCGAGGGAGACUCGUCUCUUACCAGAGGCGACUUGUACAUGACUGGCGAUGCCACGACAAUGGUCAUGGACCAGUUCCAGACUUUCUACGAUAUGUCUUCAGGCGAGGGCGACUACAACUUCGACGUCUUCGGUGCUCGUGCUGCUGCUCGCUUCAACGAGACUAUUGCGACCAACCCGAACUUCUACUACGGCCCUUUUACCGGCAUGAUUGCACGUAAUGCCGGUUAUCUCUUUGCAUGCCGCAUGUUUGCCAACCAUUCAGCUGAGAACCCCACUGGUUUGUUGAACAAGGAAACUCUGAAGAGCUUCUUCGCUGUUCAGGGCGAAGAGGGCAACCUGACGUACAACAAGGGCUGGGAGAGAAUUCCCGAUAACUGGUAUCGUACGCCUGUUGACUACGGUCUGGUUCAACUUAACCUUGACCUCGUUUCUUGGGUUCUGAAGUACCCCGAGCUCGGAAGCAUCGGCGGCAACAUGGGUGAAGUCAACAGCUUUGCUGGAGUCAACCUUGGAGACCUGACAGGCGGAGUGCUCAACCUCACGAAGCUCCUGGAGAACAACAACCUCCUGUGUUUCGUCUUCGAAAUUCUCAAGACCGCAUCGCCCAACUCCCUGUCUACUCUGUUCUCUAUCAUCGAAGCUCCCCUCAAGCUUGUGACGGACGCUGUUGGUGCGGCAGUGUUGAACCUUGCCUGCCCCGCUUUCAAGGACAUGAUGGUUGGUGGAAAGAGCUUCGAGGAUGGCAUCAAGGAUCAGUACCCUGGUGCUAAGCUCUCAGGAAACGUACUCUGA